GGGGUAAAACGAUGCGCUUAUGGCAUUUGUAAUAGUGACUCACGUUUCUACAAUAAACCACAUAUGGCAGAUGUGUUUUUAUUAUUAAGGAAAAUGAAACAACUGAGGGUUCUGAAGAGCAAGAUACAAAUGUUGAUAAUGAAGAUGCAAGAAAACAGGUUUCCAAUUCUGAUGCAGCUACUCAGACUGAAAUCUUGCAUGAUGAUCUGGCUGGCUACAGUGAUGAUCAGCUCAAACAACCUAAACUUCUACAGAGAAAACUAUUCAUGGAUGAUGUUCUCAGAAGUGACAAAUCAUGCAAAUUCUACACAGCUUCUGUUGUUCCUGCACAGAUUACUACAGUCCAAAGCUGAGAGGUUAACGCUGUGGGAAGGGGAAGAAACAACAGAGAAUGCCAAAAACAAAGACGACCAUCACCCCAGGGGACUGUCCACCUUCCCACAGCUUUCCUCCUAACACUUGUGCGCCUGAGACGUGGCCUUGAUGUCGACCAUUUGAGUGAUCUGUUUGGCAUAUCAUCAUCGACAGUUAGCCGUUACUUCCGGACAUACAUUGAGUUAAUAUCAAGGGAGCUCAGCUUUGUUGUUAAGUUGCCAAUCAGACUGCAGGUUCAAGCUCACCUCCCAAAGGCAUUUAGAUAUUUUGAAAAGACUAUUGCAAUUAUAGAUUGUACAGAAUGUUUGUACAGAAACCCUCAUUGCCAUCUAGUCAGCGAGUGACCUGGUCACAGUAGAAACAUCACAACACCUUUAAAUGUCUGAUUGCUACUUCCCCAACGGGUGCAUUUACUUACAAGUCUCCACUGUGGUCUGGUCCAGUGUCAGAUAGGCGCAUUUUUAAGAAUCAGGUUUCCUUGAUAACUUACACUAUGGUGAUGACAUAAUGGCUGACAGGGGCUUUUUGAUUAGGGAUCUCUUAGUAUUAAGAGGAUGUACAUUAAACACACACCCUUGUGCGCAUGGUAAGCAGUUAAGCAAGGCAACUGUUAAGAAAACCAGGAGAAUAGCCCAUGCUCGAAUACAUGUUGAACGGGCAAUUCUUCGCCUCAAGAACUUAAAAUUUUUACAAGGUAUUUUUCCGCUGAAAUCCAAGAAGCUUAUUAAUCAAAGUGUACAAGUUUGUGCUCAGUUAUGCAAUUUUUACAAACCACUUGUAAAGUAACUGAUGUUAUUAGAAUAUUGCCAUAUUCAUGACCAAUGACUUUCAUGAUUCUGUUGUCAUGAACAUAUUGAAAAGUUUUGAGCUUUUUUGACAGAGUUGUCUCCCAUGUAUUUAACAUAUAUUUGGGAUUACACUCUCUUAGUAAAGUACAGGUUCUAGUACUUUUGUUUGGGUUGAGUCCCAUCUGGGAUUUGAACCCACACCGUCAAGACUCAGGCACCUAAUCGCCAGCACACGGUCAGCUGCCUAACCCUCUCAGCCGCCACAACUUCCAUGUAUUGUUGAACAUGACCUAGUGUUCUUAGUGUGAACUGAUCUCAAUGAAGUUUGAGUAAAGUUUUAAAAAAUAAAAAUAUAACAAAGCCUUA